GCGCGCGGGGCGGAAGCGCUGGGUCCGGUCCGGUCCGGUCGGGUGAGUGGGUUGCAGGGGGGGGGUGGUGGCGGCUCUGGUUCCGUCCAUCCUCCCUCCCCCCCCCCCACCCCCCGCCUCCAUUCCUUUCAUCAUCCCUGAGGAUGCUGCGGCUCCGCUGCAAGGCCCGCAGCGGCUCCCACCCCCUGCCCGGGCUGACCGCGCACUCCCGGCUCCGGGACAUGCAGGCGGCCCUCGCCGCCCUCACCGGUGUCCCCCCCACCGCCCAACGCCUCCUCCUCGGCUUCCCCCCGCGGAGCCUGGACCUGAGCGACGGAGACCGAAGGCUCGGAGACCUCGGCAUUCACUCGGGUGAUACCCUGAUAGUCGAAGAGGACACAUCCAAGCCCAAAGCAGACUCACCCGUUGUCACAAAAAGAACAAUGUCCAACUCUGUCAGGGAAGCUGUGCCAGUGCUGGCCAGGAGGGUUGUUCCAGCAGACAACUCCUGUCUCUUCACCAGUGUGUACUACGUGGUGGAAGGAGGUGUUUACGACCCGGGCUGCGCUCCGGAGAUGCGCAGCCUCAUAGCCCAGAUUGUAGCCAGCGAUCCCGAGUCUUACUGCGAGGCAGUUUUAGGGAAAACCAACAGGGAUUAUUGUGACUGGAUCAGGAGAGAAGAGACCUGGGGAGGAGCUAUCGAAGUGUCCAUUUUAUCCAAGUUUUACCAGUGUGAGAUCUGCGUGGUGGACACGCAGACCGUCAGGAUCGACCGUUUCGGGGAAGACGCCGGGUACACCAAGAGGGUCCUUCUGAUUUAUGAUGGGAUUCACUACGACCCCCUCGAGCGUAAAAUCCCCGACUCGGACAUUCCUCCCCAGACCAUUUUUUCCACGACUGAUGAUGUUGUUCUUGCCCAAGCUCUGGAGCUGGCGGAUGAAGCCAGGAGGAAGAGGCAGUUCACCGACGUCAAUCGCUUCACUCUGCGGUGCAUGGUGUGCCAGAAGGGACUGACUGGGCAAGUGGAAGCCAGAGAACAUGCCAAGGAGACUGGACACACCAACUUCGGGGAGGUGUGACAUCUGCAUGAGGAUGGGUACAUCGACUACCUCAGCGAUCCAGAAUUCAGUUCUGGAAUUCCAGAUAAGCUGUAUUGUAAAUCAUGAAAUUCCGUUCACAGAGCUUGAAAAGCAUUUAUUAACAUCAGGAUGGCCAAGAGGCACAGGCUGGGGAUGGAUGUGACAUAGGUUACCUUCUCGCAUGCCAAUGUCUUGUCCCAUGGGAGGUGGAAUAUGCUGGCAGCUGAAACCUGAUUUCUGGAAUAACCUUCUCUGUGUGUACGUGAUCUGAGCUGACAGGCAAAACCAGGCUUGUUCAACACUGGCAUAAAAUCCAGCCUCCACGUUGCUGAGUUAAUCUCCUAUUGUGUUUUCAGGGUAAUUAUAUUAAUCUAAGGGUCUGGGAAAACAUACAUAUUCUCAUUACUUAUCCUAAGAAUCAGACUCUGCACAUCCAAGCUGCUUUUGCAGGGGAAAACUGCUCAUUAGGUGCCAGAUCUGUAAUGGAAAGAGGAUCUGCAAAGCUGCCCUAUGCUGUGUUACCAUCAGAAGCAGACUGUGUUGUUUGUGUGAAGUCAUGGCUUUAGAGAGAGAGAAAUGGCCUCAAAGCUCUAAGGUAGCCUUCUUUAAGUUAAUGAGUAGAUGGUUAAGUGUUGAAUAAACUUACUAAUCCUCCGUAGGUAGUUUUUAGUUGCUUGAAAAAUAACUCUCAACCCCCCUGGUGUUUACACUGCAUCAGAACGUAGGCAUGUUUCUUGAAAUACUUGGGAUUCUUCUUCAUAGUAGUAUCUGAAAUUAUGACAAGAGGGAAAUACAGUAGCUAGGGAAGUGACUUGAUUUGCAUCUCUUAAAUACACGUUAAGCAGACUUGACUUGGGCUUAGCUGAUCUCAUGGCCACAGUGUUACUAAGAGUCCAAAUACUGUAAAAUAGCACUUUAAGGGAUAGUUCUCACUCUUUGCCCAUAAGAAGUGUUGCCCUUUGUAGGAGGACAGAGUGCUAACCCAGAAGGGAGGCCUGGAAUUUCUUCAUCUGCAUCCUGCCUUAAUGGGUUGGAUUUGUCACCGGUGACUGUUCAGUAGCAGGACUGUAAUUCUGAUAAUGAAGGGUGCAGUUCAGUUUUCAGAGCAAAAUAAGCUGUCUAAACUGCCCUACUUCUCCUGCUGUUCAGAAUCAGGGAAGUUAAAAUGGGUUUAACAAUUCUUACCUCACAGCAGGGUCGUGAGGCUUCGCAGUAAGUGCUUCUGAGGUCUUUUAAAAGGUGCUGUAAAGGUGCAUAUUACUGAAGGGGAUUUUUUUUUUUUCCUUUUUGAAAUGCCUGAAUUUGAAAAUAUUCUUGCCUGCUCUUCUUCUGUUAUUGUUUUGAGUUGCCUUCCUUGAACCUGUACAAAUGGGGAGCAAGAACAUGCAUCUCCAGACCGAGGCAGAAAUAACCCCACUUUCCAGGUGGUUCCUGUGAUCUUGUGGUAAAAGCCUCCAUCCAUGAGGGCACCUGACAAAACUCCUGGUACAGCAAAAACUUCUUGUCUGGAAUCAGCAUCUUUGGCUGAAGUUCUCAGCAGAGGCUCCCAGUUGGGCCCUGGAAUCCAGGAGUGUCUGAUGGAGGAAGGAACAAAACUGACAGAAGUGCUUUGCUGAGCUGAGGCAUGAAUAAUGAAACACAAAGAACAGAAUCACCAAGCACUAUGGACCAGAUUUCUUUUUAAUUCAGUAUUCAGAUACCCAUUAGCCUUGCUGGGAGUUUCCUAUAGAAAAGCCACUUAGUUUCCAGUGUUAAACCCCACUUUGCUUUUAGCCUAUCAUUAGAAAAAGAAAAAACAAAACCCAAACCCAACAUUAAACCAGCCCUCCAGAAGCUGAUGCUUAUAAACCUGACAGUUCAAAGGAACUGGAAGACUACACUGUGUUCUAACUACUUGAUGUGAAAUACUAUCUAGGAAUGAGACCAAGAGACUCCAUCCUAAGGGUGUUCUCAGCUUUCACACUGAAGUGAAGUGCCAGAGCUUCUCCUCACCAUUUGCCACCUGUAAAGCUGCCCUGAUCCCUCCCUCAGAGAGGUGCACGAGGGGUCUGGCUUGGGUGUAAGAGAAGUGGGAGAUGCAUAUUUAUUGUCUGCCUGUUUGCAAAUGCAUUGACUUUGGGGAGCAGCAGUUAGAUUUUAGCUUUGUAUCCUGGAUGGAUUUCUGGAAGUGUGUUAAAAUAUAUUUUGUUUGUUUGUUUCUAUUUCUUCUGCUGCAGUAUUUUUUAAAAAUUAGUUUUAUUUAAUCCAGAGUGGUUAGCUUUGCUAUAUCAUGUUUGCAUUGGGAACCUGCUAACAGAGAAUCAGUUUCCUUUGAGAGAUGUGUGUCAGUAUCACUGCUUGGAUGUUUUCUUUCGUUGCCUAGAAAAUAAAAUCUCCUUGGUUAAAACUGU